AUGCCACUCUGGGGACUUGAAAAUGCCGUCAACAACCUUACCCCUGCUAAGGGACUUCUCACUGCAUUUCUAAGCCGCUUUUCCAGAGCUCCUCCCCUGAGGAUCUUCUUCCGCUCGCGUGGGAGGUGGCAGCCCAGCGGAACCAAAGCCGGUUCCAGUAACCCAGCUUCUAAAGCACUGGUGUCGCAGACGCUUGUGCUAGGGAGCGUUUGGCGGUUUAUAAAUGACUUAGGAGUGCUUUCAAAAUCUCGUGUGUGCUGUGCGACAGCCCUGGGAAGUAUUCAGAACAGGGCCUGGCCGCAGCUGCGGAGCCGGCGCCUGGUUCCCUCGCUGCGCGGGGCCCCGGGGCUCGCUCCUCUGCUGCCGCUGCCCCUGGCGCUGCGCGUCGGGCUCGGGGCCGACCGCCCGUGCCAGGCCCCAGCGCUGUGCCGUCCCAUCACCCAUCGCCCCGACUUCGAGGUCUUUGUGUUUGAUGUUGGACAUAAAACUUGGAAAUAUUAUGACUGGUCACAGAUUACAACUGUGGUACUUUUUUCAAAUUAUGACUCAGAACUUAUGUGCUAUGCUCAUUCAAAAGGAGCCAGAGUAGUGCUAAAAGGCGAUGUAUCCAUAAGGGAUAUCAUUAAUGCUACUUUCAGAGCAUCCUGGAUAGCUCAACAAGUUAAGCUGGCCAAAACACAAUAUAUGGAUGGAAUUAAUCUAGAAGAAGUUGCUCGUUCAUCACCUGAAUAUUAUGCAUUAACUGCUUUAGUCAAAGAAACUGCAGACUCUUUCCAUCACAGAAUUAAAGAGCUAGAAGUAACCUUUGAUGUAUCUUGGUCUCCAAACUGCGUAGGUAGGAGGUGCUAUAAUUAUACCGGAAUUGCAGAUGCUUGUGACUUUCUCUUUGUGAUGUCUUAUGGUGAACGAAGUCUGGUCUGGUCACAAUGUGUUGCAGGAGCCAAUUCUCCCUAUACUAAGACAUUAACUGGAUAUGAUGACUACAUCAAGAUAGGCAUUAACCCUAAGAACCUUGUAAUGGGUAUUCCCUGGUAUGGUUAUGAUUAUACCUGCCAAAAUCUAUCAGCGAAUCAUGUUUGUACCACUGCAAAAUACCCUUGUAAAGAUGCUGUAUACCGUCAGGUAGCCUAUCAAAUGAUCAUGAAGCAAGUAAAUAGUUCUACUUCUGGAAGACUGGGGGAUAAAAAUCAGCAGUCUCCUUAUUAUCACUAACAAGAUCAGGCUGGACAUUUUCAUCAAGUGUGGUAUGAUGACCCUCAGAGCAUUUCUCUAAAGGCAGCAUAUGUACAAAAUCGUGGCUUACUCGGCAUUGGCAUGUGGCAUGCAAACUGUCUUGACUACUCUGGAGAUGCUAUAGCCAAACAGCAAACUGAAGAAAUGUGGAAAGCCUUAAAACCAAAGCUGUGA